AAGUGGCCAACGCGUUCGGUUCGCUGCGUGGUCUAAGUGUCUGAGAAAAGAAAAAUUAAAGAGAAAACGUAGCAAAAGUAACAGCUGAAAGUGGAAAGAACCAGCAGCAGCAACGUUUAACUGUGUUUCUGUGCCUUAGUGUGUGUGUUUGUUGUUUGUUUCGCCGGUUUUGUAGAUUUCGUGGCCAGUUUUUAUCGUUCAGCUUUUUGUAGCAGCAGCCAGCAGCAGCAAGGAGCCAACAAGCUAAUCAAUCAUUCAUUCAAUAUGGCCAUGCUACAGCAGCAACGAGCAUGGGGCAGCUGCAACUGGCUGUUGCAUGCCCCGCUGGCGUUUAUUGUAAUCUUGUCUGCCUGCCAAGCAAUCACUUUGGAAACAACUACGCUGCCUGCGCUGGACUUGGACUUGGAGCAAGCCGCCACCACCAUCAUAGUGCCUGCUGUUGCAAGCGUAACCAAUGAGUCUACAACAGCAGCAGCAGUGGCAGCAGCAGCCGCUGCAGCGGCAGCAGCAUCAGCAGUUGAUGCUGGCGUUGUAACUGAAGUGACCGAUGAGUUUGUUUCUUUGGGUGGCGAGGGUCUCGAGCAGGGCAUACGCAAUGCGGUCAAGAGCGAGGUUGAGCUGGCAAUUGAAGCCGAGGCGGAAAAACAAGUAGAGACAGAGCAACAGCCCAAGCCGACAGGCGACACUGCUGAAAAUACAGCACAAGCAGCGCGUGAGCCCAAAACUCUGGAGGUGGACACGGCACAAGUUGAGGCGACGAAGCCUUUGCCAAAUGUAACCAGCGAUCUGGUUGCUGUCAUUUUCGAUGAGAAUCGCGCCAUUACCGAGCAGCCCAUAACGAAAACAAAUCUAUUGGCACUGGAGCAGCAGCAUCAGCAGAUCAACGAGGAGGAGGAGGAGGCUGAGGCAGCAACAACUGCACUGCCCACAUUUGAGCUGCCCAAGCAUCAGGUGACAAAGAAACAAGGUGUUGAAGAUUUACUGCCGAUUGAAGUGGCUGCCGAGGUGCCACUGGAGCUUGACGCAGCAACUGAGCAAGCAGUGGUAGCAGUAACUGCAGAGCCUGUCCAAGCAGUCAAGGAAGAGCCAACAGAGCCAACGCAGCAGAAUGAAAUUGAGGAAAAUAUUAUAGAAAGCCAGGAAGAAACGCAGCCAAAAGUAACAACAAUUUUUGAAAAGGAACAAGAGCAGCAGCAAGAGAAGCAACAGGAGCAACAGCAACCGCAAGAAGAGAAGCAACAGGAAGUAGUGCCCGCAGAGACUUCAGCUGUUAAGGUUGCCGAGCCUGCUAAGGAAACUGUUGUGGAAGAAGAAACUGUUGCCCAGCCAGCAAAGCAAACUGUUGUAGAAGAAAUUGUUGCUGAGCCAGCCAAGGAAACUGUUGUAGAAGAAAUUGUUGCUGAGCCAGCCAAGGAAACUGUUGUAGAACAAAUUGUUGCUGAGCCAGAAAAAGAGAUUGUUGAGGAUAAGAUUAUUGCCGAGCCUGCAAAGGAAGAUAUUGUGGAAGCAAUUGUGCCCACCACUGAAAGCAACGUUGAGCAGAAGUUAUCAGUUAAACAGCCAGAGCUAGAACCUUCAGUUGCAGACCCAGUGCACCCACUAACUCAAGUUGAAAACGAGCCAAUAGUAGAGCCCGAAUCCGUGCCUGCUGUACAAAGCGAAGUCAACAGCCAAUCAACAGAUCAACCCAAAGAAGAAGCCGCUACAGCUAAGCCAGACAAAGCAGAUCAAGCCAAGUCUGAGGAGUCUGUGGAAUCAGUGGAGUCACAGGAAGACACAGCUGCAGAGCAUGAGGAAGCAGCAGUGCAUACCGAUAAGCCCAAGGCCGAACAUGACGACUCUGCUGAAACUGAAGAGCUCUCUGCAGAUGAUCCCAAGGCAAGAGCUGAGGAUAGCACUGCCACGCCGCUGGUUUCCUAUCCGCCGCAUAACUCUGGCCAAACCUUCGACAGCAACUUGGCGGAUGAGCGCAGCGCACAUUUGUCGCUCGCCUCCAGCAAUCGUUCGACGCUCAUCAUAGCACUCUGCUCUGGCACUGCUGUCAUCUUUAUAGUCACCUCUUUGGUCAUCUUUAUGCUGUCGUUCCAACGCCAGCGCGGCACUUUGGAUAUUGAAAUGCAGGAGCAGCGCUUGGGCAAGGAUGAUUUGGAUGAGGAGGAUGCACAAAUGAAAUUGCUUGAUGUGGAGCUAGCGACGCCUGUUAUUGUGUCCAUGGGCUCAGAGGAAACUGAUGAAUGCCUGUAGAGAGUUCUUAGCCGAACUCAGUGCAUUGUAAAUAUUUUCAUUUAAUUUUGAGAUUGAGCGUUUUUUUUCCUUCUUAUUUAAGUCCAGCAGCACUAAAGACUUGAGCUAGCUGCUCAGACUGGUUGUUACGGAUUCAGUUGCCAACAUUUAUUGACUGCAAUGCCGCAAAAAACAAAACAAAAUACAAAAAAAAUGUAUGAAAAACGAUAACGAACCCACUUCAAAUUAUUUGCCAUAUUUUUGUUUAAUUUUAGCUGCACUUUUAUGCUAUAAGUUUUUGCUCUGUUCGCUAUAAAAUAUAUCUAUACAUGACAAAUUAUUUAU